UGCCCCUUGGGCCACCCACUGGCCAAAGGGUCGAAAGGGCGUGGCGGAGAAGUGGGGUGCCGGCGAAGGCGCGCCGAGCGAGCACCGCUGGUCUACUACCGCGGGCCGGAUGGGGCAGCCCAUGCCGCUGGUGUAAAGAGGUAGCUGCCCCAGCCGAGGCGCCCGAGCCGGACUCGAACUGCGCGGGGUCCAGUAGACUCCUGAAUCUCGGGGUCCUUGUUCGCGUGUGGGAAAGCAAUGCACGACUGAACUACAGCUGUAGAACCGAGUGACCUUUUGAAGAUGUAAAUUGGGCUGUAUAAAUGCUUGGGGAAAUGGGAGAAAACAAUGAAGUAAAGGAAAAGUAUAUUUUCCAGUCAGCAGUGCUGUGGAUUAAGAAUAUGGGCUGUGGAAUCAGGAAUACUUAGAUUUGCGUCCCAGCUGAGCCAAUUCACACCCGUGAAUCAAACUGAAGCCAAACUGAAGUCACCUGACCUUUCAAAUUUCCACUUACCAGUGCCCAUCUUUGUUAUGCAAGCCAUUUUGAAUUGGUUUUCUUCUCCAUAGACUCCAAAUGGCACUUGCCUUAAUAGGAAAAAUCUGCUUUCUCAAAAUUACUGAAAAACUGCCCUUACAAGCUGUUUCUUGUGUGCUCUGGAAUAGCUGGCAUUUAUCCUAUAAGGCCUGUGGAUGGGACAAGCUGUCACCUGCUGAUCACCCAAAUUGUUUAUCACCAUGGCCAGCAAGAGGAAAUCUACCACCCCAUGCAUGAUCCCUGUGAAGACUGUGGUGCUACAGAAUGCCAUUGUGGAGGCCCAGCCUGAGGAAGCCUUGCCUGAAGGACCUCAGCAGGACCUACUCCCCGAACCACCUGCAGCCACCAGUGAGGCGGCCCAGAACUCCAGCAACACUGAUGGCUCUGCACUGGCCAAUGGGCACCGGAGCUCUUUGGAUGGUUAUUUAUACUCCUGUAAAGACUGUGAUUUCAAAUCCCAGGAUAUGACCCAAUUUGUGGGACAUAUGAACUCAGAGCACACAGACUUUAAUAAAGACCCAACUUUUGUAUGCACUGGGUGCAGUUUCCUGGCAAAAAACCCUGAAGGCCUUUCCUUGCACAAUGCCAAGUGUCACUUGGGGGAAGCCAGUUUUGUAUGGAAUGUGGCCAGGCCAGACAAUCAUGUAGUGGUAGAGCAGAGUGUGCCUGAGAGCACCAGCACUUCUGACCUUCCAGGUGAGUCCAACACUGAAGGAAUCGAUGGACAGGCUGAAAUCAUCAUUACUAAGACCCCAAUCAUGAAGAUAAUGAAGGGCAAAGCUGAAGCCAAAAAAAUUCAUAUGCUCAAGGAGAAUGUCCCCAGUCAGCCCGUGGGAGAGGCUCUGCCAAAGCCAUCAGGUUUAGAGACUGAGGUGAAAGAGGCAGACCAUGCCUUUGUCAAUGGGGCAGCUCCUGUCAGCCAGACACCUGCCAGUUCUGCAAAGCCCCCCCAUGGUGCCAAUGGGCCACUGAUAGGAUCAGUGCCCGUUCUGCCAGCUGGUAUAGCACAGUUCCUCUCCCUCCAGCAGCAGCCCCCAGUGCAUGCCCAGCACCAUCCACACCAGCCCCUGCCCACAUCCAAGUCCCUUCCCAAAGUGAUGAUCCCCUUGAGCAGCAUCCCAACAUACAAUGCAGCCAUGGAUUCCAACAGCUUCCUGAAGAACUCCUUCCACAAAUUCCCCUACCCAACCAAAGCUGAGCUCUGCUACCUAACUGUAGUGACCAAGUAUCCAGAAGAACAGCUUAAGAUCUGGUUUACAGCCCAGAGGCUGAAACAGGGUAUCAGCUGGUCCCCUGAGGAGAUCGAGGAUGCCCGGAAAAAGAUGUUCAAUACAGUCAUCCAGUCUGUACCUCAGCCCACAAUCACAGUUCUAAACACACCUCUGGUUGCCAGUGCUGGCAAUGUCCAGCAUCUCAUUCAGGCUGCUCUCCCAGGCCAUGUUGUGGGACAGCCAGAGGGCACAGCAGGGGGACUCCUGGUCACUCAACCACUGGCCAAUGGGUUGCAAGCACCAAACUCAUCUCUGCCCCUGGCGGUUACAUCUGUCCCCAAGCAGCCAUCUGUGACACCCAUCAAUACUGUGUGUUCAAAUACAGCAUCAGCUGUGAAGGUGGUCAAUGCAGCCCAGUCACUCCUCACUGCAUGCCCCAGCAUAACUUCCCAAGCCUUUCUUGAUGCUAACAUCUACAAGAAUAAGAAGUCUCAUGAACAGCUGUCAGCUCUGAAAGGGAGCUUCUGUCGGAACCAGUUCCCAGGGCAGAGUGAAGUCGAGCAUCUGACCAAAGUGACUGGGCUCAGUACCAGAGAGGUGCGGAAAUGGUUCAGUGAUCGGAGAUACCACUGUCGGAACCUGAAGGGCUCCAGAGCCAUGAUGCCUGGAGAGCCUGGCUCUAUCCUCAUUGACUCGGUACCAGAGGUUCCCUUUGCCCCAUCAUCUAAGGUUCCUGAAGUGGCCUGCAUCCCGACAGUGGCUUCACUAGCAAGCUACCCUGCUGCCAAACGGCAAUCCUGGCACCAGACUCCUGACUUCACUCCAACCAAAUACAAAGAAAGAGCCCCUGAGCAGCUCCGUGUACUGGAAAGCAGCUUUGCACAAAACCCACUUCCUCUUGAUGAGGAACUGGACCGUCUAAGAAGUGAAACCAAGAUGACUCGGAGAGAAAUUGAUAGCUGGUUUUCAGAAAGACGGAAAAAAGUGAAUUCUGAGGAGACCAAGAAAGCCAAUGAGACUGCCUCUCAGGAAGAAGAGGCUAUGGAUGAUGAGGGUGGAGAAGGAGACUUGGCUGGUGAGUUGAGGGUUGCUGGUGAAAAUGGUUCCCCAGAAGUGCCUAUUAACCAGACAUCAGCAGAGCGCAAAGUCAGCCCCAUCAAAAUUAACCUUAAGAAUCUGCGGGUCACUGAAGCCAGUGGCAAGGGUGACCUUGCAGGGCUGGGAAUCUGUGAACCUGAGGAUGAUGGGUUAAAUAAGCUGGCAGAGCAACCCCCAGGCAAAAUGAGCUAUAAAAAGACGGCCCAGCAGCGGCACUUGCUGCGACAGCUCUUUGUCCAGACACAGUGGCCAAGUACCCAGGACUAUGACUCCAUCAUGGCCCAGACAGGUCUGCCACGGCCAGAGGUGGUGCGCUGGUUUGGGGACAGCAGGUAUGCCCUGAAGAAUGGCCAGCUCAAGUGGUAUGAAGACUACAAGCAUGGCAACUUCCCUCCAGGGCUGCUAGUCAUCGCCCCUGGCAACCGAGAACUGCUGCAAGACUAUUACAUGAUGCACAAGAUGCUGUAUGAGGAGGACCUGCAGAACCUCUGUGACAAGACCCAGAUGAGCUCCCAGCAGGUCAAGCAAUGGUUUGCUGAGAAAAUGGGUGAGGAAACACGGGCUGAGGCAGACACAGGUAGUGUGGACCAGCACUCUGGUGUUGGAGAGCGUGUGGCAGUUCACAAAGCCCUAGGUGACACUUAUUCAGAAGUAUCAGAAAGUAAUGAGCCGUGGGAAUCCAGUGCCCCUGAGGCCAGCUCAGAGCCCUUUGACACAUCGACUUCACAGACUGGACUUGAGCUAGUAUCGGGGAUUGAACUCAGGACCCUGCACUUGUCAGAAACAGACUGAAUUUGAUCUAAUUACCAUGAAGAACCAGCCAGUCUAGGAUGCUGCCUGCCAUGUGGAAGAGCCAAAUCCACCUCUGCUGCCACGUGUGGUUCCCAUGGCCAGCCACCAGCACCCAGAAGAGCCUCUGGAAGUCUCCCUGACAGUCUGGAGCCCAGUGCUGCCAUCUUCUCCCUGGGCCUGCCCCCACCGUGCAGUGGAAGCAGACGUCAUCAUCAGUCCUUCCCCCACAGUGUAGGACCUUUCCUUUGCCUUCCAGGGAUGAAAUAAUCCCAAUUUCAUAUUUGUAGACACAGAAUCAAGUUUUUAACAUAUACGUCUGCCUAUCUACAUUUAAUAAAACAAGUUACAAACAUUUUCACUAUAUAGAAACUUUGGUUAGCAAAGGAGUAUAUUGUUCACAUCAUCUCUGAAAUGCUUUGUGUCUGUUCUCCGGGGAGCCCUGGGGCCAUGAGUGCCCUCACCUUCACCAAGCACCCAGGGGUUAAUGGCACACACAGAACUGUGCCCAGGCCACUGGACCUGUGCUCUGUUUCUGCAGGCAGCAUUUUCUGCCUCCUUACCCAAUGACCAGCCACAUUUCAUGCCCAGCUUUCCUUGCCUUAUGGGCCAAUCAGUUUAGAAAAUGGCCCAGCUGAGUUUAGGGUUGGAUGCUCACCACUCUUAUAUUGUUACUCUAAUUCUGCUUUUUUCAUGGGAGUUUGAAUCUUGGACCAUACAUUUUUGGUUUUUAGAUGACCUAGGGAGACACUGGUUGGUAAGCCUAAAUACACUGACCCGUGCGCCCACUUUACUUUUUUUUUUUUUUUCUCUUUAAUCUGGAUACUUUAGAGUGAACUGAAAAUGGAAAAAGACAAUGGGGACAAAGCAGAAGUGGAAGUUAUACACAUGUCCUUUAGCCCUAGCCAGGGCUCAGAGACCUUUUUCCCCAUGUUCUGCAAAGCCUCCUGCCGGUUGGGAGGGAAGAACACACUGGUUCAGUAGUGAGAGCUGAAGUGAUUCGGCGACUGUUUGAAAUUAUCAUAGCUGGUCAUCUUGAGCACAAAGACCUGCAGUGGGUGGUUCCCGGCAGAAUACCCCGAGUGACCCUGUUGCACACCAGGACCUGGCCAGUGUGCUGGGUGCAUGCCCCGGUGGUGCUGGACAUUGCUGGACAGGUCCUUGUGAGGAUGUUUUUAAAUUCUGUAUUUAUAUUGCUAAACUGGGAAACAACGUUUUUAAAUGUCCUUUGAAGUGAGAAAAACCACAGGAAAAGGUGCCUUUGCAGUGAUGGACAGUGUGCUGACAGUUGUACUAAAUGGCAGUCCUCCUAUUUCCCCAGCCUGGGCCACUGUGACCGCAGUUGAUAACGGAGGUGGGGCUGGCUAAGGACUUGUUACUGCCGGCGUCAGCACUUAGAAACAUCCUGCUUCCCAAAACACCAGGCACAGGUACUAGGACCUCAUGGGCUUGCUUGCAGGCCUGGGACAGGGCGGAGCACAGGAGGCCAGAGGGGGGCAAGGGCUUGGGGCAAGAAAACUAGUGUGCUUUAGGCAUUAGUGUUCCUCCUUUCCUACCGCAGAACUGGAAUGGCCAGGCCACCUGGCUGGCUUGGCGUCGAGGACAAGCAUGGCAGUGGUGCCUUCUGCUCUCCUGGAGAGAGCUUUCUUUGGAGAACAAAAGUCCCUGAACCAUUGUUCUUCUAAAGUCUCUUUUCUUGCCCUCCAUGUCCCAAUAGGGACCACCUGUUAUUCGUCUCAAAUUGGGAACUUGUGAGUACUUGGCAAGUUUUGCAGCCUAUUUUUUAUCCUUUCCAUUUGGAGUUUGAAGCUAUUUGGUUCUAAAAGCCUUUGAGGAAUUUCCAAGAAUAGAGUGAGUGCCUUCCUUCAGAGAGCAGACACCUGGAAUUUUUCCUUUAGCAUUUAUGUACAUGCAGUCUAGUUUAUAUAUCUACAUAUAUACAGUAAAAGUACUCAUUUGAUAAUUUGUAAAACAUACACAUGAUGUGUGCUGUUGAGGAACUUUGUGGAUGUGGGUAUUGGGGGCAGUGGCCUGUGUGGCAGGGAAUGCUUGGACAGCUGUGGUGGCUCAGCACAAAGCUAUCUCCAAGAGUCUGAGAAACUGACCAGUGCUCUACCUGCCUCCCCCAGACCCUUGCUGGUGUCACCUCCAGAGCCUUGCAUGCACUGGCUGAAUAGUAUUGAAAUGGCUUUCCUGGUUAUUUUAUUGAACUUUAAUCUACAACCUAAAGAGCAAAACAGAAAAUAAGUCACAUGGUGGACAAGUUCAAAUAGGGCCUAGAGACUGCCCUGGCCUCGGGCACCAGGUUGUCUUUUAGAUGGAAGUUAUAAUGAUGUCAGUCCCAGCAUGUUUUUCUCAGAUGUUGGUCCUGCUCAACAGCCAGGGCCAUGCCACAAAUGGUAAGAUGGCCCAGAUAGGAAGCCCAGCAGACCUGACAGAUUGCUUCUUCCUGUGCUCUUAGAUAGUGUUGAAAAAUUGUGAUUUGGACCUUAUGUUGGAAAAAGUAAGAUGAUCAAAGGUGACACUAAAGGAGGUGGUCACUGAGUAGGGACCUAGGCAUUGAGUGCUCAGCUCUGAAUGUAGUGUGCCAGGCAGAGACCUGCCUACAUGAGCCGGAGAUCAGAAACAUACUCAGAGUGGCAGCAGGAGCUAUGGAAUGCCAGCAGCCCGCUCUGUGGCUCAUGGCAGGACACAAUGCUAGAGGUUAAGUUAGGUAUUAUCAAUUUCACUAGAAAGCUGUGCGAGAGGUGGGCUGGUUAAUCUCUCAAAGAAAAUUUUAUAAAGUAGCAUGUAUUUUCCCUUUCCUCUAUAUGCCCUUAGACUGAUGUUCCUUGUGGCCUAUUGUACCUGUUUGAUUUACUUUGUUUUUACAUAGUGUUAUAUAUAUUCAGUUCUAACAGGUGAAAACAAUCUUUUUUUGUUUACUUUUGUUUUUUUGUUUUGACUAAGGGGCUUGCUAUGUAGUUCAGACUGGCUUUGAACUUAGGGUGAUCUUCCUGCUUCAGCCAGAUCACUUUCUGAUAAAGGAAGUUUGAAAUCAUGAUACAUAAACUUCCCAUACUUUAUUUGUUUUAAUUUUUGACUGUAGAGGACCUUUUUCAUUUGGGGUGGAGGAAAGUCAUUUUUAAGUCUUGGAUUCCUGAGAAAGAAUGCCCUAGCUUGACAACUCACCACCAUAUUGAGAUGUGUGGUGGCCACCUUAAAGCCUUCUCUUGGGAGAGUGUGACAGGCAAUUGUCUGGGUAGACCAAAGCACCUCAGCCGAAUGCCGCACACCCUGCUCUCUAGAAGCAAAAGGAGAAAGCUGGACAGAGUGCUGGAGGGUUCUUUGACGAGCUUCCGCCUGUGCUUAGUCCUGUUCCCACAAGGAAGGACCAGUGUAUUCUCCAGGCUGAGAUAGGGUUUCUGUAGGUUUUGUCUUGUUUGGUCCUGUGCCCCAGUGUUUGUUUCUGGUUCUAGGAUAUCAGUCCUAAAGCUACCUUGCAUGGAGAAUGGGAGGAAGCCUUUUUGGCUAGUGCUCAGGUUUCUGUGCACAGUCUCUCCCUCUGCUCCCUACUUACACUGUUCCUGUCUUGGAUGCUGCUGCUCCUGCCUUUAUAGCCUAUAUGAACUAAAAUCCCCAAAAUAAAGCAGCUCUUGUUAGCUCCAAAAUCACAGCCCAAGUGGAUAAAGGAACUUUACAGGAGAGAAGAGAACUGGAGAAAAAGACUAACUUUAAAAGUUUAGAGUUUAGGCUUUACCUACCACUCCACUGCCCUUGCUGUUUACUCUGGGAAGUUUAUUAGUUUGAUUCAUUUUGUUCAUGUUCUUUUGCAUGUAGCUUAGAUUUUCCAUGCAUCACAUCUAUGUGUAAGGCUGUUGCAUGCUGGAGAAGGAAAGCCCUUGGGACACAGGAUCAGCAUAGCUAGCAUAUUCAGGCCAAAGCCAGCAGCCUCCCUAGGUCAGGGUUUGGUUCUUCUGACCUGUGGAGACCCCGCAAAGGUGUCUUGACCCAGCCUUUUUCUUUCCCUUUCCGAGGACAGACCUCCCUAGCCAUCCCUUUCAGACCUCAGGAUGUUGUCUUUGUGUGCAUGCAGAGCAUUGAGUCUCUGAAGGGCUCUGAUGUAGAAGCAGCAUGCACUGAUGGAGCUCAGACUUUUCUGAGUUCACGCCCCCUCCCUAAGCAAAGCUUCAAACCAAGGUGCUUGCUUACUCUGUGUCUUGCUGUGGUCGAUAUAAGCAGGCCAACUCACUGAACCAUGAAAACCCACACUGACAAGGCUACGGGGGCCUUAUGAACAGAAAGACCAGUUUGGGUUUUGUCUGAGAGACUGGAUAGAAGUGACAUGGUGCUGCCUGACUUGCUACCUAGCCCAACUUGAAGUUCAGAUGGUACUGACAGCCCUCAGAUUAAAGCCAUUUAUGCUGGAGCCUGCGUGUUCUCAGUGGCCAUUGUGGGGUAGAUAGUUGAAUGCAGGGGUGGCAAACCCAUGUAUUCUCUGAGCUGACCCUGCACCUGUACUUGGUUAAGUGAAAGGAAUUUGUAUAGAGCAUGUGGCCCUAAAAAGGAUAGAAAGCCUGCUUUGGGGUCCUGUCUUGAAUUGUCUAUAAUAGCUAGCCAUUUUGUCCUGCCUGCAAAUCUGAUCUCUUUGAAAAGGACCUAGUUCUUCAUUAGACUGGAGCAAUGAUAUGGAAGAGGUCCUUUUUAGCCCAGGAUCUGCCCUGAAGUCUGGGGCAAGGACAGGAACCUAGAAGCUAGGGAGACUAGGCUGAUUCUGAUUGCCGUAUGGACAAGGGCAGAGGGCAAAGAGCUGCUUCCUUGUUUUAAAAAAACUUUUGGUACACUGGACUUUGGGGAGCCAGAGAGUAUAUUAACUCUUGUCUUUGCCCUCCUUUCUCUGAGCAUUCUGGAUCUUAAUGCAGUGCCACAGGGGCCUGGCAGAGCCAAGGAAAGAGCAGACACGAUUCUGGCAGGGACUGGCUGGCGUCUUUCUGUUGCUCCAGAGGAUGUGUGGGGAAGUGGCAGGCCAAUACCUGGAAGGGGCCUGUGUGCUCACCUGCUCUUUGAGCCUCUGCAGCUGGGGGAGGGGGCUAUGCCCAUCUUGUACAUAUAUAUGGGCACCUACCUGUAAUAGCUUUUUUUGGUUAAUGCUUUUUAACUCGUGUUCUCUUCCAUGAUAAAUGAGUGAUUCAGAAUUACUCAGUGACUAGAGUCAGAGGUAAAGUGUCUAUGAUAAAGGUUGCUCAGUCACUUGAGUAGAGAAAACUCCAAGUGCUGGGUCCUUCCCAAAUGUCAACCCCAGAGCAGAAAUACUGUGAAGGUAAAAAUCAGUCCACAUUUGCCUAUAAACCCCAUGAUUUGUAUUUAACAAAUUUCCACCUUGAACCACCAGUGGCUCAUGCAUGACUCCCACCAGCAGCUUGUACCACCCAACAGGACUGUCCUGUGCCAUCCAAUGGGCCAGUCAUACAUGUACCACCAGUCAUUCCGAGGUGCCCAGAAAACACAGAAAUUAUGGCCCCAUUGUGAGAGAGUUCUUGCCACUCAUUCCUGCCCAUAAAGCCUCUCCCUGCAGUUUGCCUGAUAGACUAGAGAGCCCAAGUGAGAUCUGUUGGCUAGAGCAAGAGGGGGAGCAUCUCUGCUCUGUGGGGCACCAGCCUAAUAGAUGGGUCAGACCGUGUGGCUUUGGGCCAGGGCCAGGGAACAGUGGCCAUCCUGGGCGGUAAGCUCCCAUCAAGCAUUUGAGCUUUUUGUUCAGCAGUGUUAGGAGGGCUGAACCAUAAUUGUUAUUAAAAAAGAAAACCACACCAGCUUCCCUCCCUUGCUGAAUACUGUACAUUGAGUUUUACUGACAAGUGACAUAGCCUUUGGGGGAGAUAAAGGAGGUUGCCAAGGGCCUGCAGAUGACUUCCUGACAAAGUCCUAAUUCCUUGUCCUCAAACACCCAUCUGUGUUCUGAUCCUUAAUGCAAACCCCUUUGUUCCCUGAGGGACAGGCUGGUAAGAAUUGAGAGGGGGAAUGGCGAACAGUUUGCUUCUGGUGCACUUCCUGUCUUUGGGGACAGCUAAAAUAAUCAUCCUGGUGCUAAGUGAAGGCCAACUCUGUCAGAUGCAACUUAAACUUUAGACAAACUGUAAGAAGGUCCCACAUUCUAUGGUGACCAAGUGUGAGGCUAAACAGAAGAUGGCAUACACUUAUCAUUUAGGCGAGGUGGAAUGGGAAUUUUUUGCCCAGUUAAUGUUAAACAGAAAGAUGGGCUGGGGAGGUAGCUCAGGGGUCUAAGUGCCUGCCUGGCAAGCACGAGGACAUGAGUUCAAUCCCCAGUACCAUCUGCCAUGGUAACUCUGGAAUCUGGGCUGGCCCGAAACAGGGCUUGCUGGCACACACCUGUAAUCCCAGCUCUGGGGAGGCUGAGAUAGGAGGAUCACUAUGAGUCCAAGCUGCAUAGCAAGACCCUGUAAUAAAUAAAUAAAUAAAAAUUUAAAGAAAAAGUAUUAGAUGGAGCCUUCCUUUGGCGUGCACUGUGGUUAUGCCAAGGUGGGAGGUGGAGGGUAGGCCUCUCUGGGUUGAAUCUUCAGGCCUCACAAGGUCCCCUGUGGGGAUGCUGCUAUUUUUAAGAUGCAAAUUGCACACUUCCUAGAUUUUGUAUCCAUGGAUUUGAAUAAGGGAGGGAAAAAGGGAUAAAUGCUUGUACGGUCUGAAAUGGACCUCAAUGGUACUUCAAAUCUUUUGAUCCUAAAUAAAA